AUGGACUUUAUGGAGAUCUGUGAGGUGUUCGGGGGAUCCAUACUCCCAGACGAGUUUCGUGGUAACUAUGAGGACGCGGACCGUCAUAUCGCGGCUCUUGAGCAAGAGGUUAUCGCAGGACCGAGAUCAACAACUGCGAGAGCGAGGACAACCCUCCUCCGAGCCAUUUACUACACGCUUUCAGGAGACUUCAGAAUGGCUCGUGAAUAUAUACAUACCCUUCGUGGCUUGCAACAUCGAGGGCUGGAGCGGAUUUGGGUGCUCCGUGGGCAGAUGUACGAAUUUUACGCUGCCAUGCUGCAGCAUCGCCCAACAGCUAUUGCAUUUGGGAUGAUCCCUGGGGAUCCAUACGAAAGGUUGUGGAAGGACGAUUCUGAUUUGAAGGCUCUGCACGUACAGGCCAAAGAGGCUGGACGAGCCAUAUGUGCUACCCAAUCGACAACCUUGGUCGAGAGGCUAGAGCAGGCAGUGAUUCUGGACGUAUGGUCCUUCCUGGAUACUUUGCAGUCUUCCUACCUUCUACACCCUAAUUUCACACCACUUGUUACCGCGGAAUCCCUACCACAGGGUAAGGAAGGGAACCUGAGUUUCCUGAAUUUUCCACUCCCAUAUUUGUCUGGUACCCUAGCAAACGAUAUGAGUCAUUCAGGCAAUACAACGUUUCAGAAUCUCCUGCAGAGAAUGUCAAACGACAUCAAAUGGGCGAAAGGAGCUUUAAAGGAAGACCCUGCUUCUACCCGCCUUGAGGCCGAAUACGAAAAGGCCAGCGACUAUGCGGGCAUGGGACUGUGCAAGAUAAACGAAGGAGAUCGGAUAUUGUCACCCUCAUAUACGAGUCCGAUAGCAUUUAAUUUGAUCUGUGAAAUCCGCGACAAUGGGUGGGCAAAUAUGGCCUGGGACACAUUGGAGCCGACCUUUCCGCUGCAGGAUAACGACGGGGCCCAGAGGUGCUAUGCGGAGGCCCUCUUCUAUAUGGAGGCUGCAUGUGCCCCAAGGGGCCAAGCCGCUGUCUACCUGCGCAGGGGCUGCGUGAAUCACGCAGAAGGGGUCCGAUCACACGCAGGACCUGACUGCGCGCAUUGUGUGCAGGCUGAGAAGGAUUUCUCGACAGCGCUGAGCUUGUUUACCAAUGACAACGUGAACCGGAGCCUGACUAUCUGCCAUCUCAUUCUUCUCGGCUGUAGCCGCGGCCGGCAUGAAUUCGCAGUGGACACAGCAAGACGCUUAGGGGCCGAGUUGCGCAAAGCGCAGAGCCCAAAGCUAUCCCACUUCCUCGGGGCAUUGAUGCUUCGCUUUGCUCACUUUCAGUUCUCCCAACAUAAGAACACUACCGUGGCUGCUGCUUGCUGUAAAUGUGCCGCUGUCUACCAUCAGGAAUUGGACAGUCCUCUGGGCUCUCUUUUUACAGCCGAAGCAUGCAUUACUCUGUACAAACGAACACACAACUGGGCACUCGCGGAGGCGCAGGUUAGAGACAGCAUAAACCAUUCCAGAAACAUACAGGGCGCAUUCACAUGUAUCGACGACAUUUUGUCUCGCGGAGCCAGCCUUCAACAUCUCCAAAUGCCAAGGGCUACCCUCCUCCUCGAGUUUGACACAUUGGUAAAAUCUGUCUGCUCGAUGACCGGAAACGAGAACCUACGUUCGCAGUGGGAGGCGGUACGCCACAGUCUUCAACCGAGAAUUCCUCCGAGGAAUCCCUCCAGGGGUCCCCCUAAUAUCAUGGGGAUUGCGCCUCUGAGUGAGGAGGCGAGACGUCAUCUCAAUGACCCACUAUUUGGGUGCGGUGAAUCCGAGAUAGCCUACUUUAUGCGAACUUAUGAGACGCGAAACCAGUUUAUCGCCAGCUAUUUCCAAUCUAUUGACCGUUGCUUUGAGGCAAUCGGGAGAGGAGAUAUGGACGCCGCCGAUGCCCAACUUGAAGGAUUUGUCUCCACCUGCGUCUCAGAGAACACUCUGAGAGUAAGGGAUGUGCUCGACCACAUGAUCCCCACUCUAGCACAACUUGGCCGGGUAGAUGAAAUGAGACAGGCUCUUCCACACUUUCUUUCGGAUUGGUUCGUUGCAGAUGGGGUAGAGGACAUUGGUAUCGUCUGCGAUCGCAGAGGAGUACCCAGUGACAUCCGGGAACACGCCUUACAGCAGCGCAGGAACAUUGCCCAACAGGACAUAUCAAUGUGCUUCAUGGCCCAGGCUUGGGAUAAAGGACUUGCGAUACUGCAUAUUAUCGCCUCCGUCCUCCCUGGCUUUUUCGAUAAAUUAAGGACGGAGCCAAAGCCAGACACCUGGCAACUGCUCACCUUUGUCGGUGCUUUUUAUGAGCGGGCUUCGAAGCUCCACAAAGCGAUGGAUAAUUAUUUAGACGGUCUAUACCAGUUUGAAAAUUUGAGAUCUAUGAUUCCAAACCCCGACGACCGACGCAGGGCUUACUCGACGCUGCACACUGCAGAGUUAUUCUGCGGGCUCGCUCGAACGUCAUUCGCGCUGUCCCAGCGGGCUGGGGCGAAAAGUCCACAAGAGUGCCGUCUACCUGCCUCUUCCUGGCUAGAUCAGACGCUCAUCUUUCUCGAGCAAGGACGGGGAAGAACUUUACUCGAUAUACUACAGGCGCAUGAUUUUGCAGGGGUAGAGGGGCUUCAAAGGUGGAUGGAAGAGUCAUACCGAAAUCGCCUGCUGUCAACAUUGAUCCAUUCACAGUGCAAGCCUGGGGAUGAGCAGGGCUUUUUGGAAAGGGCACGCAAUGUUGCAGAAAAGCUCGAGAUUCCUGAGGAUACAUUCAAUCCAGUUGAAGAAGCUCUCAAGGAUAGGAACGAGACCACAGCACAGAUCUUCAAAAACACCAUGUUCGUCCCAGAUAUAGGUGCAAUUCUUAGCUCAAUUCCUCCCAACGCGAUCGUCAUAGAAGUUGGCAUUUGUAUGAGUGGCAUGAUAGCCAUGUGCGUCUCAUCCUCGGGUAUCCAGUCUGUGCACCAGUCCAGCCUCGGGACAUACGCACUACGCCGACUAGUUGUUCGUUAUCUUGGAAAGAUAUUGGCCUUCCAGGAAGACCCAACCCCCUCUGAGGCGGCAGAGCUGAGGGUGAGCCUCGAUGAUAUUGCGGCUACGCUAUCUACCCACCUGAUCGAACCGUUCGCUGAACAUAUUCGUGCGAGCGAUACUAUCAUUUUUGUGCCUACCUCAUAUCUGAACGUCUUUCCCCUUGGUGCAUUGAUGCUGGACGACGAACCUCUGGUCCUGGCGAAGCCAUUCUACCAGGUACCCAGUUUGGUUGUUCUCCAGCGACUUUCGGAAAAGGCAGCAAAAUCCAGGCGAGGCAACAGGAUCUGCGCAGUAGCAGACUAUGAUGAAGAGAACCAGAUAGUUUAUGUUGGCCCUGAAGUUGUUUCGGCCUGCAGUUCCCUUGGCGCAGAGCCGGUCAAGAGGGACGAGUUCUUGCAAUCUAUCGAAACAGCUGAACUCAUACAUAUUGCAUCUCAUGGUAGCGAGAACUAUUCCUCCCCUUGGGAGUCCACAAUCCUCGGCGACACGUUUCGUGUCCUCGACAUGGCCACAAAGAAUUGCAGCGCCUCGCUAGUGGUUUUCAGCUGCUGCCUCAGUGGCAAGGGGCAGAUAAGCUCCGGUGAUGACCUUGUGGGGUUCGCACAUGCUGUACUUCAAUCCGGCGCGCAGGCAUUCCUGGGGGGUCUAUGGAAAGUCUGCGACGAACUAACCAUGCUAUUGAUGCAUUUGUUCUACAAAAUACUAUCGGCACACGGAAACGCCCCUUCAGGUACUGCGAUAUCCGUGGCAGACGCCUGGCAUCAGGCCGUCCGAGCUUUCUACCGGCUAGACGAACAAAGCGCACUUGCACUGAUUGAUGAACUGGAGAACCUGUGGCGAGCCACCCAGGGCACAAGCGCUCGGCCGGACGGUGAGUAUGAUGAUCUAGAGUAUGAGCUGGAUGAAUUACGGGAGAUGAUAACGGAAGGAAAAGCGGACUUUACGUCUCCUCGCAAUUGGGCUCCAUUUGCUCUGGUCGGAUGUGGGAAUGUCAGGAUUGUGGGAUCAGCUCCACACGGACAAGAGGUUGAACUCGCUAAUGGGGCCAGUGAAUUGGUUUACAAUCUGCGAUAUCUCCGUAACCUUGUUCAUCGUAGCUUCAUUUACCCGUGGACAGAAUAG